AUGCCUGAAUAUAAGCUGACUUACUUUAAUACUCGAGCUCUUUGUGAGCCCAUCAGAUGCUGCUUGCAUUACGCAGGGGUUGAGUUUGAGGAUAAAAGAAUUAGCCAUGCUGAUUGGCCGGAGAUCAAGCCAAGUAAGUCGUUAUAGUAUUAGCUAGAGUGGGAGACCUGAUCCAGCGGCAAAAAACGUACAAUUUUGCAUCCGGAAAGUAUCGAAAAUGUGGCAAAAUGCGUCCCUCCCCAAGUGAAAAAACUCCGUUUUUAAGGGCGCUUACGAUCUUUUUGUGAGGGAAAGGGAAGGAGGCAUUUUGCCACAUUUUUGAUGCUUCCCGAAUGCAAAAUGGUACGUUUUUUGCCAACGGAUUUAAAAAAAAACGUCAUUUAAAGCUGCGCUUGCGGCUUUCUGAGACCACACGAAUUUAGAUCCAAAAAAGUUUGAUAAAGAACAUAAUUCUUUUGACAACCUUGUAGAGUCAACAAUUCCUCCAUUUCAGCGACUCCUCAUGGACUUCUUCCACUUUUCGAGGUCGAUGGAAAAAUGCUCACCCAAUCUGGAUCCAUUCUCCGCUUCGUAGCGCGACUUUCUGGACUAACAGGAAAAGAUAGUUGGGAGGAAGCCAAAGCCGACGAAACAUUCCAGUAUUUCGUGGAUGGAGUUAGUAUCACCUCCGCUGGCGGUUAUAUUUACGACAAGGCCGGGGUUGUCAAGUCUCCCGAUCCCGUAAGUUGCCAUCAAUACCAUUUUUAUUGAAUGCAUUAUUUAGGAGGCAGCCUACAAGGUUUUUGUCCCAGUCGCCAACAGGAAUUUGCAGUACUACACGAAGAUGUUGGAGGAAGCAGGAAACGGAUUUAUAUUGCCAUCUGGCUUAACGUACGCUGACUUUGCAGUCUACACCCAUGCGUUGACAGUGCGAAAUGUUGAUCCGGAAUUGGCGAAGAAUUACCCGAAAGUUUACGAAUUUGUGGAGAGAAUCGAGAAGCUGCCGCAAUUACAAAAGUAUCUCAAAGUUAGACCUGAUACUCUUAUUUGAUUGCGGUUUGAUUUUUAAUACAUAAAAAGUGGUUUUUUGACAAGAUUUGUUCUGUGACCUUGCAUGUAGUCUUGGGUGGUCUCAUAAACACUGGAAACGAAAUACGCGGAGAAAUUUCGAGAGCAGAGACCGUCUUGCUGUUCCAACCAUUGACAGACUUGUGGUUUCAGCAUUCCCGCAAAAUCUCUGCUUUAAAAACGCGACAGAAAGCUGGUCCAACUACAAACUAUGCGGGGAGUCUGUGCUGUACAGAACUUUUACAGGGUGCGGCAAAAAAAUGGAAACUUAUUUUUAUAGCUAUAUUUUUCCUGGCAAUCCAAAUUCCGCAAAAGUAACGGUCAUCCUCAAUAACAUAGAGCAUUGUUUAUAACAUAUUCAACCCGUUUUACCGUGGCUGCUUUUGGUGGCGAUAUAGAGCUCCAAACGUGACUUAAAAUUUUGGCCUUUUGGCCGCAGCUUUUUUCAGGGAAAUCCGUCCCGUCCUUGACGCAGCGAUUACUUUGCGACGCCAAAUUUUUGUGGCGUGUAGUACAGAUGAUAGCCUCCAAUUGAAAAAAAAAUUACAGUACAUUGGAUCUAUACCCGGCGAGCAGGCGCUCUUUUUACAGACGGGGUGAAAUCGGGAAAGUCGGUCUCAAAAUCGGGCUUGACUCGCUGUUGCCCUGUGAGUCGGCGCUGAGUGUAGUUGGAAUGCCAAAUUUGAGCUGCCAAGGUUCUACUGAGUCAACAGAAGCAUGAGGAAAUCCAGGUUAACCCGGCACUAGAAUUUUGCCCUCUUGAUCCACGAAAAUCUCGGAAUUCUUGCCGCUGGCACAAAUUCCGCCUUAGGCGAUGACGGCCCGGAUUUUGACGGUGUUCAUCGUUAGCCCACGUGCAGAGGGCCUCACCGGAUCGGAUUCUGGCGCUAUGUUGGUUAGGCACCCGCCAAACUUUGCACCGCGAAGGAAAUACGCUCCCAUCGCGGACCUGCGGCCCGACGUCUGAAUUUUCGGCAUUUUUUUAGGUGUACGGGCUUGAUCUUGCCGAUUAGGAGUUGGGCAUUUUAGACCUUGCGUGCGGAGACCUUGAGUUGAUUUUUAGCUAUUUGGCCGACUGGUCGGUCGCUGAUGCCGGUCUCACGGGCAAUUUUUUCUGGAAAUCGACGGAUUUCGCUGUUGAUGACCCCGCGGCUGGCAGAAGUGUUGGCGAUGCGUUUUCUUUCGCUUACUGGAUGCUUGAAAUUGUCGAAAAGCUCCUUGCAUUGUGCGAUUACUUUGGACACAACGUGCUUUCUAUGCCGGGCAAAUUACCAAUUCGCACAGGUAAAAAACAGGUCCGAAAUCGAGGUCCCUCUGUUUGUCAUUCAAAAAAAGAAUGUUAGUAAACCGAUAUGGACAUGAAAUUAUAAGGUCUAGGAGAGAAAACUAUGUAGAAUUUAAUGGUAUGGAAAUAAUUUUGCUGCACUUAAAAAUUUUUGCGUCAGGACCCAAUGAAAAAAGUUUCCAUUUUUUUGCCGCACCCUGUAAUUCCAGCCUUGUUGCGCAUAGAGAUCAAAAACGUGGAGAAUAUAAACAAGGGAUUUUGGGUUUUUAUUGAGCAGCUGCAAGUUUGUGCGGUCAAAUAUUUAUUGUUGAAGCUUUGGUGGACAUGCCUGAAUACAAACUUACCUACUUUGAUUGCCGCGCCUAUGCUGAACCGAUUAGAUUGUGCUUGCAUUACGGAGGAAUUGAAUUUGAGGACUACAAAUUUACAGCUGAACAAUGGCCAGCAAUAAAACCAAGUAAGCGAAUUCUUUUCUCUUGCCUACAAUUUGUGGGAGAGCUCAAAAUGUAAGGCCCUUUUUCAUGCCUAUUUUUACCGUAGAGGGCAAUGUUUCCACAAAAAAUAAAUUUUUUUCGUCUGUAGAUCUCAUCUGUCCCUUUAGGGCUAAUGGCUUCGUUAUAAAAAAACUGAGAAACUUCGAGCAUUGAAUCCACGAACACUGGUCUGUCAAUAUCGCUUCUCUCUUUUUCAGCCACCCCGCAUGGAGUUGUCCCAGUAUUUGAAGUCGAUGGGAAGAUUUUGACCCAAUCUGGUGCCAUUCUCCGCUACGUGGCCAGACUGACCGGACUAGUUGGAAAAGACAGCUGGGAGGAAGCGAAAGCCGAUGAAACUUACCAUUACUUUGUUGACAGCACUCAUGUAACCUCUGCCGGCGGUUACAUUUAUGACAAAGCCGGAAUCCUCAAAUCUGCCGAUAUUGUGGGUUAAUUUAUUGUAUAUUUUUUAUUACAAAGAUUAUUUAGAAAGCAUUUUAUGACGUAUUUGUCAAAGUGGCCACCAAAAAUUUGGAUAACUACACAAAGAUGCUGGAGGAAGCUCGGAACGGGUACUUGCUGAAAUCCGGGCUAACCUACGCCGAUUUUGUUGUUUACAGCCAUUCCUUGACUCUGAGAAAUGUUGAUCCAGAAUUGGCGAAGAAAUUCCCAAAAGUUUAUGAGUUUGUGCAGAGGAUUGAGAAGUUGCCACAGUUGCAAAAGUAUCUUAAGGAAAGACCGGAUACUCUAAACUAA